AUGGUUCGAGAGGGGUCAGAAGCGAUGAUCCAGCUUCCAGUAUUCGCGCACUACGAUUUUGAUGAUUCCUUGAGAGCCGGCCAAGAACAGGAUGUUGACCUGCGUAGACGCUUUACCAUCAAAGAUUACGACGUCAAAUGGCCAGAACAAUUCAGCAAUAUCAAAGCGGAUCUCGAGGUAGAUUUGGCAGAAGGGAGUGUGACCUAUACAUCUAUUGAACACAUUGGCAGCACUUCCGUCCCUGGCCUGUGCUCCAAGGCUACAACCGACUUGUGGGCUAAUGUUUGGGAGGAGGCCGUCAUAGACAUAUGCAUCGUGGUUCCUCGAAAAGAAUUCACCCAAGAGAAAUUGGCUCACUUUCAAACGGCUUUACGAUUCGGGUCCAGACAAGGGGGAUACCACUAUAUCGGUGACGGGGGCGUUCAAGACCGCUGGUCUUUCAAGCUUAAAGGCGUGGUACCUCUAAGGAACCUUUACGUUGUUGCCAAGGGCAGCAUUCCUCUUCGAGCGUACAUUUCUUUGAGAACCGUCUUACGCAAAGAUGAGGAACUGAGACAAGAAUAUGGCGCUACGAAACGGCGCCUUGCUAUGUUGUACGACGACCAGGUCCGUACCUACUGCGGAUUGAAGCGGCCAGUGAUCAGGAAGAUCUUCCUCGCGGACGGUUGGACAAACAAAGAAGUAGAUGAGGCAGAGGCACAAGCAAAGAGAGACUGGCCUGAGCGCACCCCUGCAGACUUCUUUGAGCAAGAUGAGUGUGACCUCUUGGGCGAAGGAGCAAUUGCGAAAACGGCGCCAACAGCAUCUCCUGAAGGUAGAAAUAUCAUAGCAUCGGAGAUGAGACCUACGAGCAACCUCUGCCAUAACGGAUAA